ACACGUAAAGAGGACUCUUGCAGGGGAACACCCAAAGGAGCCUUUUUCUUCUUUCCAACGAUUCAUUGUACCAAAAACUUCAAAAAACAGGGCUAUCUUUUAUUUUUAUUUUAUUAAUUAUUUAUUUUUAUGUCGGAGUAUAUAUGUGCUGGAGAGAAUUCCGCGUUUUAUAGUGUUGUUAAAUUGUAAUUAUGUAGGGAAGAAAUCUAGGGUUUUGUUUAUUUUUUGUUACAGGAUUGAGGACCCGCCUCAGUAUUGUAAUGCUAUUUGGAAGAUCACGUGCAAGUUGAUGAUGGUCCAAGUAGUUGGGAUGAGGCUUAGAUGAUGAUGAUUGAAAGAUCAGGUGCAUUAUGCCUCAACAUGCCUCGAAUUGUUACUGUUUAUGAUUUGUGCUUACUAGGCAAAAUCCCCCUCAGAUACCUUUAUUGGCACGUGAGAAAAUAAUGCCUAUGUGACGAAAACUGAAGAUGGCUAGGAAGAAGAAGGGAAGUGUGAGUUUCAUGUCUCUCCCUCAAGAUAUUAUCAUUGAAAUACUUGUUAGACUCCCAGUCAAGUCUCUAAUCAGAUUCAAAUGUGUAAGUAAGGCAUGGUAUGACUUAAUCAUCGAUCCUUCCUUUGUCGAUGCUCAUCUCCAUCACUCAAAAUCUAUCCCUGGUUUCAUUGUUGAAACACCGAUUCCAUUAGAAAAAUUCGAUGAGAUUGUGACAGACAUAGACUUCGAUCCUUCCUUCGUUGACACCCAAUUCGAUCGGUCCGAGUAUGGACCUGAGUCUGUAACCGAAUCGCCAGUACUGAACAAAAUUAACUUUGACCCUUUCUUCUUUGAGGUGAAAGCGACUCCCAAAAAUAACAAAUCCUAUUUUGUUGAUAUGGGAAGAUCCAUUGGCGAUCUUACUCUUAUCAGUGCCUCGUGUGAUGGUUUAAUCCUCCUUGAAAGCAUGUCAACCUAUGGGCUUUUCUACAUCUGUAACCCUGCAACUCAUGAGUGGAUGUGCCUUGGCCGGCAUAUAGACCCGCCGCAGGGUUUCCACAUUUGGGGGCUCGCAUUCGAUCCAACAAUUUCAAAAUAUAAGGCAAUACGGACCUGUGCAGAUUGGGGGCGCCAAGAGAUCUGUGAGAUCAUCACAAUCGAAGAAAAUUUCAAUUCGUGGAGAGAAGUUAGGGUCCCACAGCCCCACCAUCCUCGAUUCUUCCCUCCCGUUUUCGCAAACUCUUCCCUAUAUUGGAUGAUCCAUCAUCGAGACAUUCCAGAUAUGAAAGGGUCUUUGGCUUAUGAUCUUCAAUCUAAAGGGCAUAUUCUUGCAAUGGAUGUUUCCGAGGAGACAUUUCAUUUAAUUCCACACCCUGAAUGCAAAUCAGGAAGUUAUACGUUGUUAGAGAUGGGAGGGCUUCUGUGCUUUGCCAAUCAGGUCUCUCAUACGCAGUUAGACUUGUGGGUUCUAAAGGACAUGAAGAAGCUAGUUUGGACCAAAGAACAUAGCAUUAAUAUGAUGUCAUUUACUGGAAGCACUGUGCCAUUUAAGAGCUUUCUAGAUGACGUUCUUCCUUUUGCGGUCCUCGAGAAUCCACGGCGUAUAGUCUUCAAGUGGCCUAAUAGGCGGAGGCGACUGUGUUUUUACAAUGUAGAAAAACGAACAUUGUCUAAGGUGAAUCUCGAAUGCAAAUUCAUUCCUCCAGGUCGCGUGGCCCCAUAUGUUCAUGUCAACAGCCUUGUCUCUUGGUUUUGAUGAUCAGAAAUACAAGCGGGAAAUACUCCAGGUAUUUCAUUUUUGUAUACCUCAUCUUUCAAUCCAAAUUGUGCUUCAAAAUUGAUUUUUGUGAUCAGUUUGGUCAUGCAUCAAAGCUGAUAUUUUGGUUUUGUCAGGAAUUUAACCUUACUAGAAAUACACACAGUAUCUGAGUCCUACACUCCAUGGAAGUGGCCCUUUUGCAUUUAAAACACAAAGUUGUUGGGCUAGGAGAUUGUACAGUACAAGCGGACGCAUUGUUCAGUGAUCUGAAAUGUUGAUAUGAUAGGCCUCUAGCACCAAAUAUCCUCUAGAUUGGAAGAUGAUCUCCUUUUAUUGGUUGAAUGGGUGGAUUCCUGCAACCCCUGUCAUGGUCCAAUGAUAACACACGACGUACCUGUGUCACAUGCGGGGCCUGCAGGGAAAAGAAGAGUUUCCCCUGGAUGAAACGAUGACUUUGCCCUUGCCAUUGAGGGCCCCACAUCUUACCAGCGCAUGUGGCUCUUUUUCAUUGGGUCACUUCAAGGAUUAUAAAGGAUUCUUGUAAGACCCAUCUCCUGUAACCCCCGGUUACAGGCAAUUCAAGUCUGUUUUGAUCACUGAACAAUGGGUCCCACUCGUACAAACUGAAUGCUCAAAAGUAUUUUUCUUUGUAAGCAAGAAACAACCUUUCCCUGGCAAAUGAAGCAAAAGAAGUUAUACUUUUUUCUCUUCUUUCAUCUUUUAAUGUUUAUCUUCGUAGCAACAGCUGAAAUUGCUAUAAAAGUAUAUUAUGUGUGUUAUAGAACUUAUUUUACAUUAGAGUCUUGAUGGGCCUCUGAAAAUUGUUGAAAUGGGAUGUCAUAACUCUCCCCGUU